GCUGCUGCACUGGAUCCAGAGCAAGCUGCCGGACCUCCCCAUCACCAACUUCACCAACGACUGGAACGACGGGCGGGCCGUCGGGGCCCUGGUCGACGCCGUGGCCGCCGGCCUCUGCCCGGACUGGCCAGACUGGGUCCCCGCUGACGCCCUCUCUAAUGCCACCGAAGCCAUGAACAUCGCUGACAACUGGCUCGGAGUGCCACAGUUGAUCACGCCUGAGGAAAUGUUGAGCCCAAGCAUUGAUGAACAGUCAAUGAUGACCUAUCUGUCACAGUACCCGAACUGUAAGCUGAAGAGUGGGGCGCCUCUCCGUCCUCGCACCAACCCUGGCAAGGUACGCUGCUAUGGGCCAGGCAUAGAAUCCUCAGGACCAGUAGUUGGGGCACCCACUAAUUUCACCAUAGAGACUUUUAGUGCUGGAAAAGGAAAAGUUGAAGCUUUCUUGCAAACACCUGAUGGUCGUGUGGAAAAUCUGGAGUGUAAGUUCAACAAUGACAGGAACUUAACAUACACCUGCAAGUACACUCCUCAGUGUGAGGGGGACUUUGUUGUCAUUGUCAAGUUCAGUGGACGAGAGAUUCCUAAAUCACCAUUCCGGGUCAAUGUGUCAGGGUUUGCGGGCGAUCCCACAAAGGUCACAGCCUCAGGCCCAGGGCUGGAGCCUGAGGGAGUCACCAUUAACAAACCAACAUAUUUUGAUAUAUUUACUAAGGAUGCAGGCCGUGGAACUCCAGAAGUCAUUAUAUUGGAUCCGGCUGGUCAUAAAAACACAGUACCAGUUAAGACUCGUUCGAUUAGUGAGGAUGUGUACCGCUGUGAGUACGUAGCCUCUGGUAUUGGUUUACAUUCCAUCAACAUCUUCUUUGCCGGGCAGUCCAUUCCAGGAAGUCCAUAUGGCGUCAAGGUGUCCCCAGUGUGUGAUGCUCGGAAGGUUAGAGCUUCGGGUCGUGGACUACAACCCAACGGUGUGAGAGUAAAAGAUUCAGCUGACUUCAAAGUGCACACUGAGGGAGCUGGCGAGGGCAAUGUGGAAGUUAAGGUCAUUGGGCCAGGUGGAACCCAUGAAGUUGUCAAAACGAAGCAAAUAGAUGCAUUCACAUUUGAAUAUAUUUAUCACCCCAAGAAGGAGGGUCGCUACAUUGUGAUGGUGACAUAUGGGGGGCAGGAGAUUCCCAAAAGCCCAUUUGAGGUGAAUAUUGGACCAUACAAAGAGACUCGAAUUAGAGCGUACGGGCCAGGGCUGAAGGGGGGUGUGGUGGGCUACCCAGCGCUCUUCACUGUGGAAACAAAUGGGGAAGCAGGAGGCCUCGGCUUCAGCAUUGAGGGCCCAUCACAAGCAAAGAUUGAUUGUAAUGACAACGGUGAUGGAUCAGCAGAUGUUCGCUACUAUCCAACAGCACCUGGAGAGUACGCGCUGCACAUCCUCUGCAAUAACGAAGACAUCCCAGGAUCCCCGUACAUUGCACAGAUUCUUCCCCAAACUGAUUACUACCCUGAACUGGUUAAAUGCAAAGGUCCUGGUUUGGAAAAGAAUGGAUUAGUAUCAGGACGACCUGCGGAUUUCCAAGUUGACACACGCAAAGCUGGCGAUGCUCCUCUUGAUGUCACUGUGAUGGACGCAAACUACCAGCCUAUCAAGCUUGAGGCCAAAGAUAACAAAAAUGGCACAUAUGAUUUCUCUUAUAGACCAACCCGAGGAAACAAACACACAGUUCAGGUAAAUUAUGGUGGAGUUGCCACUGAUGACUCUCCAUAUCGUGUGUUCAUCUCUGAGCCAUCAGACCCAGGAGCAGUAAAGGUGUUUGGACCAGGCGUAGAACGUGGUGUAAAGUCCAACACUCCAACACAUUUCAACAUUGAUUGUCGUGAAGCUGGACCAGGUGAGGUACAGAUUGCACUGACCAACGCACAUGGGCAAGACAUUCCUAUAGAGAUCCAAGAUAACAGCGAUGGAACAUUUACUGUGGAAUAUUUAACACCAUCUCCUGGAGACCAUCGCGUAACUGUGCUGUAUGCAGGCUCUGAAAUUCCUCAGUCACCAAUAGUUGUUCCUGUACAGUCACACGUUGAUGUCACUAAAGUGAAGGUGGAUGGACUUGAACCCACGGCGCCCAUCAACUCUCUGCAGCAGUUCCGAGUCAUCACCCAAGAUGCUGGAAGGGCAGACUUCGCAGUGUCCAUCACAUCACCCUCUGGUAUGAGAGUACGUGCUCAUGUCGUGCCUACGCAUGAGGGUUACCUGGUAAAUUUCACUCCAACGGAACUGGGAGAGUAUUUGCUGUCCAUCCAGUUUGGCGGUCAACCCAUCAGCUCGACACCAUACAGAUUUACCUGCACACCUGGGGGUGAUGCAUCAGCAGUCCGGGCAUGGGGGCCAGGACUUGAGGGGGGAAUAGUAUGCCGUCCGGCAGAGUUUGUCAUAGACACCCGAGAAGCUGGUCAGGGUGGCCUUGGAGUCACAGUGGAGGGCCCUUGCGAAGCAGCCAUAAAUUGCAGAGACAACGGCGAUGGAACGUGUGCUGUGGCAUAUCUACCUACUGAAGCUGGACCUUAUACCAUCAACAUUACCUUUAACGAGCGACACAUCCAUGGUUCUCCAUUCCAUGCUCUCAUCGGCCACGACAAAGACCUCAAACAGAUCAGAGUCACUGGCAACGGCAUCCAACCCCAUGGUGUGUUCGUAGACUCCCCGACAGACUUCGUGGUUGACACCCGUGCUCUUGCUAACCUUAGAAAAGACACGAAAGGCAGUGAUAAGGGUGAUGGGAAAGUCAUGUGCGUUAUCACGAAUCCUUCUGGAACUAGAACAGAUUCGUUCCUGAGACCACUCACAGAUGGCACUUACAAGAUUUCAUACACACCAUUUGAAGAAGGUCGUCACACCAUUGAUCUGCUGUACGAUGGUGUUCCUGUACCAGGCUCCCCCUUCACUGUCAACGUUCGCAGGGGCUGUGACCCUAACAAGUGUCAAGCAUUUGGUCCUGGGCUUGAUCAUGGCUUUGUCAAUGAAGUCAACACAUUUACAGUUGAAACAAAAGGUGCUGGCACCGGUGGGCUCGGCUUAGCUGUUGAGGGUCCAUCUGAAGCCAAAAUGACAUGUAAGGAUAAUCGAGAUGGGUCGUGCACAGUGGAGUACGUGCCUCUGGAGUCUGGCGACUAUGAUGUGUCCAUCAAGUUUGCUGACCAACACAUUCCAGGAUCCCCAUUCAAGGUGUCUGUGGACCAGAGUGUGGAUGCAUCACAGGUGGUGGUGUGGGGCUCUGGACUGGAGCCGGGCAAGGUACGAGCAGGUGUGCCUCUCACUUUCCACGUUGAUGGAUCCAAGUCUGGCAAGGCACCCUUAGGAGUGGAUAUCACCACAGACAAAGGUUCUUUGCCCAAGAGCCCAGAUAUCCGAGAUAAUGGUGAUGGCACUUAUGAUGUGACUUACGUUCCUCAUGCUGAGGGCACCAUGCAGACUGCCAAUAUCACGUGGGGAGGAAAGCCAGUUCCUGGAAGUCCAUAUCGAACCCGUGUGCGGCCAGCAGUGGAACCCAGCCGGGUGAAGGUGUCUGGGUCAGGUAGUAAUAUUGGGUGUCUUUUGCUGGGUAAUAACACAGUGGGAGUGAUUGUUUGGGUUAAAGAAGCUGACAUCAUGCAACUGGAGAUACAGUACAGAACAUCCUUAUACAGUAUAAUUUUAUUGUUUAAAUCUUGUGUGCUACUUAUACAGGCUGACAAGUGCAAGAUUACAGAAGGUAUCAACCACUCGCUCACAAUAGGAGAAGAAUACUGCAUCACUGUCAACGCCAAAAAUGCCGGCAGUGGAGCCGUCACCUGUAGAAUCCGGUCAACCUCUGGCAGUGACCUGGAUAUUGAUAUUGAGGAUAAUGGGGAUGGAACCUUCAGCAUCUAUUACACUGUGAAGGAUGCGGGCGAAUACACACUGUCAGUCAAGUUUGGUGGGCAGCCUGUUCCCGACGGCUUCUACUCCUUCACCGCGCAGUCGGAGGAGGAGUACCAGCAGACACAGACUAAGGUCAACGGUCUUCAGAGAACCCCCAGUGGCGGCAGCUACCGGCCCGUCGAGCUCCACAACAUCCCCUUACCCACCACCGGUGGUCACGUCACAGCUGAAGUCAGGAUGCCGUCCGGAGAUAAGGAUCUUCCAGUGAUUGAAGACAAUCGUGAUGGCACUGUGUCCGUGCGUUACUCGCCUCGUGAGGAGGGACUGCAUGAACUUCAUGUUAAAUACAAUGCCGAACAUGUCCAAGGAUCACCCUUCAAGUUCCAUGUGGACUCCAUUUCCUCUGGGUAUGUGACGGCAUACGGUAGUGGCCUAGUGCACGGCAUCACAGGCGAGCCGUGCAACUUCACCAUCUCUACCAAGGAUGCUGGUGCAGGUAGCUCCACGCUACGUGGUGGUCUUUCUCUGGCUGUGGAGGGAUCGAGCAAGGCCGAGAUCUCCUGUCAUGACAACAAGGAUGGCACUGUCUCCGUGUCCUACCUGCCAACUGCCCCCGGCGAGUACAAGGUGUCAGUCAAGUUUGCAGAGAAACAUAUCAAAGGAUCCCCGUACAGUGUCAAAAUCACUGGUGAGGGCCGUAAAAGGAACCAGAUCAGCGUUGGGUCGCAAUCUGAGGUCAGCCUUCCCGGGAAGGUGACUGAUUCUGACAUCAAGUCUCUCAAUGCAUCCAUCCAGGCACCCUCAGGACUUGAAGAGCCAUGCUUCCUCAAGAAGCUUCCCAAUGGACACCUAGGUAUCUCCUUCACUCCUCGUGAGGUGGGCGAGCACUUGGUGUCAGUGAAGCGUAUGGGCACACACAUUGCCAACUCUCCGUUCAAGAUCACUGUUGGAGAGAAGGAGGUUGGCGAUGCCUCCAAGGUUAAGAUCACAGGAAAAGCACUGACUGAAGGCGUAACUCACACCGAGAACCAGUUCACCAUUGACACCCGUGAGGCUGGUUAUGGUGGUCUCUCUCUCUCUGUUGAGGGCCCAUCCAAAGCAGAUAUCCAGUGUAAGGACAAUGAAGAUGGCACACUAACUAUUGGUUACAAGCCUACCGAGCCUGGGUAUUAUAUCAUCAACCUCAAGUUUGCCGACAACCACGUACACGGCUCUCCAUUCACUGCCAAGGUGACAGGUGAGGGUACAAACAGGCAGACGGAACGUAUCAAGCGCCAGCGAGAAGCGGUUCCACUUACUGAGGUCGGCUCUCAGUGUCGCCUUACCUUCAAACUUCCUGGAAUUUCACCAUUCGACCUGGGAGCCACCGUAACCUCUCCCGGUGGUGUUACUGAAGGGGCAGAGCUUGGUGAAGUAGAGGAUGGGUUGUAUGGUGUUAACUUUGUGCCAAAGGAACUAGGAGUCCACACAGUGUCUGUCAAAUACCAGGAAAUGCACAUCCCUGGAUCUCCGUUCCAGUUCACGGUUGGACCCUUGAAAGAUGGUGGUGCCCAUCGUGUGCAUGCUGGAGGUCCUGGCUUGGAGCGUGGUGAGCAGAACAUGCCAAGUGAGUUCAACGUUUGGACUCGGGAGGCAGGCGCUGGCUCUCUGGCCAUUUCUGUUGAAGGCCCCAGCAAAGCUGAGAUUGACUUCAAGGACCGCAAGGAUGGCUCAUGCUAUGUUUCUUAUGUCGUACAGGAACCAGGUGAGUACCGUGUGGGCAUCAAGUUCAAUGACAAGCACAUCCCCGACUCCCCCUACAAGGUAUACAUCACACCGUCCAUGGGCGAGGCCCGCAAAGUGGAGGUUGCUCAGUUCCCCGAUCAGGGCUCCAAGCCAAACAAGCCACAGUCUCUCCUUGUCAGCAAGAAUGGUGCCCAAGGCCAUCUAGAUUGUAAGACUGUGGCUCCAUCAGGUCAAGAGGAGGAUUGCUUCACAGAUCUCCUCGACAAUGAUACUUACAGUGUGCGCUUUGUGCCAAAGGAAAUUGGUAUCCACUUCAUCCAUGUCAAGUUCAAUGGUAUCCACAUACCUGGCUCACCAUUCAGACUACGCAUUGGCAAGGAUGAAGCUGACCCAGCAGCAGUCUCUGCCAGUGGCAAGGGUCUUGAGUCUGCUAUUUCUGCUCAGAAAACAGACUUCAUCGUUGAUACGUGCAACGCCGGUGCGGGCACGCUAGCAGUGACAAUAGAUGGUCCAUCAAAGGUGUCUAUGGACUGUACAGAGGUGGAGGAAGGAUACAAGGUCCGCUAUACCCCACUUGUGCCGGGAGAUUAUUAUAUUGCUGUCAAAUACAAUGGCUACCAUAUAGCAGGAUCUCCUUGGAAGGUAAAAUGUACUGGUGAACCACAUGCAGAGAAGGGAACAAUCCAGGAGUCCUCGUCUGUGGUAGUAGAGACAGUAGAAAAGACCAAGUCAGGUGCCCUGACACACCAGGGCCCUGUCAUCCCAAGGUUCCAGUCAGAUGCCACUAAGGUAACAAGCAAGGGUCUAGGCCUGAAGAAGGCUCACAUCAACCGCCAGAACAACUUCACUGUCAAUGCCUCCACUGCUGGUACGAACAUCCUGUAUGUGGGUGUUUAUGGUCCUAAGGCACCAUGCGAGGAGGUCUACAUUAAACACAUUGGACACAACAAUUACCAGGUCAGUUACAAGAUCAAAGAUCGUGGAGACCACCUCAUAUUAGUAAUGUGGGGGGAGAGCCACAUUCCGGGUUCCCCCUUUGCCAUCACAAUGUUCUAAUAUCGGCCCACAGAGAACCUCUGAACAGUUAUUGGUUAUGUUGUUCGUGACAAAGGAGACUACUUACUGAUUGUCAAAUGGGGUGACGACCACAUUCCCGGAUCGCCCUUCCACGUCACUGUUUAAUACAGGACUUAUGAGGAAUUAUUACUAUCAUUUCACAAAAUAUAGGAAAAUAGCUUAUAACAGUGAAUUAUAAAAUUUUCUUAUAUAAUUACAUAUUUAAUGAAAAUGACAUUAACCAUAAAAGUGGUUACAAAAUACUGUAGUUGUUAAUCACUUAUUUUUUAUUUAUUCAUCGCGAAAUAUUUUGUAGUUAAAUUAUCUCGGAACUGAUGUUGCUGGUAUUUAAAUUAUUUAUAUAACUAAAUUAUUAUUUCACAAAGAUAGAUGCUUUAGAUAACUAUAGUCCUAUUUCAUUCACUGGAAUCUUCAUUCUUUUUAUUUUGAAUUGCAACUUGCAACAAGAAGAAAUGUACGAGAGCGUCAUACCCACGACAUGAUUGAGGUACAUGGCCUUGCAACAUAUCAACAACUACACGCAUCACAGUGUGCUUAUACCCUUGACAUGGUUUGGGUAUGUGCAGCCUCCAUAGUCAUUCACAGUCAUGCAGUUAAAGUUCAUCAAUCCUAAUAUAAUGUUUUGUCCCGAGUAUAUAGGGUGCUCGUGUUACGUUAAGGCUUCGGCUUAUACUCUUGCGUAUGCUCACCAGUAGUUAUGCCUAACCAUUGGAGAAGUUUAUUGUUGUUCCUCUUGACUUGUUGACACUGAAAUACUAUGUAGUUUAUUUUAUCUAAAUUAUUUUAGGUACUUAAAUUUAUUUGCUUUUAUUUGCUGUGCUACUAAAGGAUGGGAUAUGAAGAACAUUUAUGAUGAUUAUUCAUUGAGUUUAAUGUUUUUUAUUUAAAUAUGAGAAUGGGGAAUAAAUUAAAUCACACUCUUCAUAUUUUGUAAAAAAAAAAAAAAAAUAUUUACUUAUGUUACCUUCAAGUUUUAUUUUGGAAGGUUCACCCUGAGUCACUGGGACUGCAGGUCCUUUACUACUUAAACAAAAAAUAAUAGUAACUUUUAGGUAAAGAUUUUGACUCAUUAAGGACUUGCAUUCUUAGUGGCAUUCUGAAAAGAAGUGCCAAUUCCACCUGUUACUGCAGUUUUGCUGUUCCUUAUGUUGCAGGAACCUUGGGGUCAAGUAUUUGUCUUAAGCCAACCAGUUCUGUAAGCUUGGUAUACACACAACAUAGGCUCAUAGCCCACAUUUUUUUUUAAUAUUUUCUGAAAAGAAAUAAAUGCUUAAAUGGGUUA